AUGUUUUGAAGUAAUAAUUUAGGUACAGUAUUAUACAAUUAAUAUUAUACUCAUGUUCUUCUUUGAACAUUAUUUCCAAAAUGUAGUCUUAAAUGCAGACCGUCAAACUGUGCCGAAAUGCUGGCGAAAGAAAUGAUUUGGUGGAUCACCUGGUCGCUCUGGGUCGGGUAUAUGGGUAUAAUGAUCAUACUAGCCAUGGUACUGGUCCAAGAAGGUGUGCUCAUGGCGUGGAGAAGCUGGACCGGCCGAACAAUCACGCCUGUCAGCAGUGUGGACGGUUCCUCGACCGCCAGCCAGCCAGCGGCGACGGACGUGCUCCGCACCAGCUCCCAGGUGGUGACGGUGCGCGUGAUGCCCCGCGGAGGGGACUCCUUGUUCGAGGCGGUGUCGCACCAGCUGCGCUGCGCCGGGACGGGCGCCGCCGCGAGUCCCAGGGAGCUGCGGGACUGGGUGGCGCGCCACGUCGCCGAGCACCUACCGCAGUACCGCGCCCAGGUGCUGGGCUCGGUCGGCGAGCGGUACCCCGGCGUGGGUGCUCAAGCGGCCCAGGUGCUGCGCUACCUGCGGGACCUGCGGCUGCCCGGGUUCCCGCCCGGCGGGGAGACCCUGCAGGCAGUCGCUGACGUCCUGGGCGUCGACGUCGACGUCUUCCCCGAGGGCGGCGCCCGCGAGACCGUGUGCAGCCGCCAGAAGGACGUCGCCACAUCGCUGGGCCUCGCGCGCAGGAUGCUGGAGGACGAGGAGGGAGUCCCCAGGGUCCACUACGACAGCGUCCUGACGGUGACCGGCGCGGAGGACUCCCAGGCGCGACAGUACUCGCAGGACGAGGACAUGGCGCAGGAUGAGUGUUCUCUCCUCAACACGGCCUUCCUGAGCUCGUAGGUCCUGGCGCAUGACCAUCCCGUGGGCGUUCAAGUGCUCAGCCCGACGAAGGCCUCAAGGAACGAGAGCUAUUGGUUUCAUCCCACAGAUUUUUAAUUAUCUCUUUCAUUAAUUCCAUGUCAAAACUUCACGUACCAAGUUUGCAUUCUUUUUGAAAAAAAAAAGUUUUGUAGAAUUGUUUUUUAAUUAUUCUUUAGUCAUGUAAAGGUUCAAUUACCUGUAAAAAAAGAUAAAAUAAAUUUUUUUAUUUAACUGUUUUAAUAAGUUUCAAGAAAAGACCUAACAAUGGUUGCAUUAUUAUUAACUAAUAAACAUACCAUGUAUAUAUUAAUUAUUUAAUUCUUUUGAAUUAUAGAUUAUAACCAAACUACGCUCUGCUACCAGUUGUGAUGCUCCUCCCUCGUGUCUUGUAAAAGUUAUUGAAGUUCCUUAUCAACAUUAGGAAACACUCUGAAAUGAAAAUCUGAAUUACAUGAAAUUGCUGGAAACGAACUGGUCAAAAAGAAUAACAGAGGUGCACGAGAGAGAGUGUGAAAGAAAUUUUGUGCAGACCCUGAAUGGCUUACAAGGAGCUGGAGGAUUGUUUGGUUAUGAGUUUAAAUAAAAAGUCAAUAUUAA